AUGAACUGGUUGCUUUCGGUGCUACUAGCUGCAAUCCUCGCAGCGUUUACUAAUGCAUUUGACUGUUCUGUGAAAGAGCUCCAGAGCUACGACCUCAAGGCCUUGAAAGGCGUCUACACAUCGUCCAACACCAAAAAAACGCCUCCGUCCGAGUCUACCGUGGAAUGGCUGAUUGGCGUGUGUGAGGAUCUUGGACUGGUGCCUGACUGCUCUCCAGAUGCUGAUGUUUGUGGAAAAACCACUGUGAAGAACAACGGCAAGAGUAUGUUGACUGAGGUGUUUGAAUUCAAGUUCACGCCUUCUACUAUCGUUAAGACCUUGGGCGACGAAGGCAAAGAAGGUUUUGCUGUGGAGUACCAUAACGUGGAAUGGAGCGACCAGACCAUUAAUGCUAAUGUUUUCUUUAAGUGUGUGGAUGCAAAGGAUGCCCAGAAGGAGUUCGAGACCCGCUGGGAGAACAACUUGCUUCUGGCCACGUUGAAGACCGAUAAGGCGUGCUUGAAGUCGGAGAGAAAGCCAUCUGAUGGCGGUAGAGAUGAUACUGGCGAGUCGUGGGGCUGGUUUACAUGGAUUUUUAUCUUCAUGGUUCUUUUCCUCAGUAUCUAUAUUAUUGGCGGCGCGUGGUUCCAGUACAACAAGGGCAACUCGAUUGACUUUCAGUCUGCAUUGAAGGAGGUGUUGGAGAAUUUCGUUGAUCUUUUGAGAGGGUUGCCGGUAUUUAUUAAGGAGAUCAUUGAGAAGUUCACGAGGAACAACAACAGAGGCGAGUACAGCGCAGUAUAA